AUGGGCCUCGCCACUCUCUGCAGUGAGGAUCGGAGCUUGCAGCACUGCGUGCGCGCGCCUCGAGACACGGCGUGGAAGCGCGGGCACUUUCUCUCCAGCGCUGCAGACGUGACUUGCACCCAGAAGAGCCGACCCGGCCCUGACAGCAUCGGAGCGGGAGGACGCGGCGCUGGCGUUGUCGACAGCCCAGGUCCAGUGGACAGGACAAAGUGGAGCAAAAACAUGGCGUCGUCCAGUCUGGCAAUUCAGCGAGUGGACCCCGUGGCUAGCCCCACAACGGCUCCUCCCUAUCGCAGCACCCACAGCGACCAGAAAGGAGCCCACCAAGCAUUGACGCUGGGCCCGGCGCACAACACGCGCAGCAUGCCCAACCCAAAUCCAGGGGAUUCGUCGAGGGCGCGCAGCAUUUCCGACUCCUCGCUCUCCAGGAUCAGCGCCCAGAACCUCAGGGAUACUCCCACAACUACCGACGAAACCAGCAGCAGUCUGCACGCGCAUCGCCAGAAACACAACGCAUCGAAGCUACCAGCAUUCCGAGCAGCGGUAGCCGAUCGGAAGAGAGAGAGAGAACGGACGUCGUUGGCAUCGGUACUGCGCAACCACUUUCCGCCAUCCCCUAUCUCGCCUAGACCCCAAUAUACGCAGGACACGGCGUCUCAGUCCCAGACCGUCGCCAGCAAACAUCACCACGCGCUCGACGAAAGCCGCUGCAUCCCUGAUUCAUCGCGCGAGGGCCUCCACCACUCCAAAAGCGCGCACAAUCUGUCGGACAGACCGGAAUCCCAGCUGCCCACACCACAAUUUUCACGGUCGCGAUCGCUCCGAUUCCAGAGCGCUCCCACCUCUGCGCCCACACACUCACGUGUCGACCCCUCGACGGCUUCUUCGAAGAGCCCCGCAUCACCAUUUGAGCCCGCCAGGACUGCUGCACGCGUGCAUGCAUCUCGAUCGCAGUCAUCUCCCGACACAAACGCGCGACCCUCAACCGGCUCGAGACUACCCACUUCAUCGCAUACCUUGUCUACCCGAAAGAGUGUAGUUCUCGACCUUCCCUCCUCACCUAGCAUUUCGAAGGCGCCUGUCGACGAAGAAGACAUGGCCGAUAUCAACAGUUCCCGCGAGCGGGCACUGCGGGCCCUCGAAGGACGAAAUGACCGCGAUGAUGUCUCCCAAACCACCGAGAACGACACCACUGCCGACCUCUUUCUGAACUUGGCGAAGAAUGAGAGCAUCCUGGAAGACUCCAAGACUGAAGUUCAGCCUGUUGAAUCCAGCCCGAAUACGCACCUCCGAUUAUCACAUCGUCGCCCCCUUUCAGCUGCUGUCCCGUCUUUUCCAACAUCGCCGCCACAGGUUUCUCGCCGUCUCUCGGCCGACCAGCGCGACAACUCGAGACUUCGGCAGCUCGCCGAAAGUCAGCUUGCACAACAGAGGACACGGGAGCCCGUUCAUCGCAUGUUGAACCGUGAGAACUCGGCCCCGGCUUCGAUUCCGACUGGUCUUGAGCGCUCACAGUCCACCCGCUCAGCCUUGAAACCAUCCCCUAUGACGCCUAGGCAAAUCUCCUUCCGGGAAUCGUUCGCUGAACCUAGCUCUGGCCGCGAGAGCGCCUUCUACCGGAGUAGGAGACCGUCAUUGACCGACAGCAACAGCCAAAACAACACGUCGUCGAAACCGUCGCCGUACCGGAGCUCAACCCUAGCGCUGAACCAGAGCCGGGCCUUUAGUGCUUCCUCCCCUCUGGUCUCCCAGUCCAGGAACAGCCAGAAAGAAGACGCUCAACACAACUCGGACACAACUGACUCGUCGACUUCAGCAGAGCCGUCGUCUGUUUGGGACGAGCUAGAUGACUUGAAGUCAAGGAUCCAUAGGCUAGAACUUACUGGGCGCAUGCCUCCUCCCACAACAUCUCGCGUCUCUGAUGAUCGCCCGCGUACUGCUACUACCAAUGCCACGACCAUGUCGACCUCGCCGAAGCAGAUUCCAAGCAAGGAGACUCGUGAGGUGCAGCCUCUUCUCCUUUCUGCACUUAACAAAACAAAAGGACAGGUUAGUUCCGAGGUCUUCAGCGCUAUCGAAAGCGCUGCCAUGGAUGCGUUGGCCCUUUCCUCUAUGAUGGGUGCUCCGGGGCAACCAGGUCCGAUCUCAAGUGCCGCUAGUUCCAUCGGCUAUAGCGGUGGCGUGACUGAUAGGCAGUUGCGUCGGAAGGCCGAUAGCAUUUGCCGGAGCUUGACGGAGCUUUGCCUUGCCCUUGCCGACGAGAUGAGCCGCAGGAAGUCUUUGCCGGUAGCAGAGAGUCUACGGAGUCCGCCCCUGACGUCGUCAACUAUACGAACCAGAAGGCCGAGUGCGACAGAGCAGACGCCCACGGAGGUUGCAAGGCCCUUCUCAACUUUGGAGCAAAGAAGGAAGAGCCUUCUCAACGGCACGUCCCUUCCCAACUCCCGCUAUGCAACUGCUCCACAAACCCCGAUGGAAUCCAGCGCCACCACCACCGCUUCUACCGCUGGCAGAAAGUCGUCGCUGCUGUUGUCGCGGUUUCGUCGUUCUGAGGAGCUCGAAGAACAGACCUCUGACAGGGCGUCAACGUUGUUGUUACGAUCACGGCGAACAGAAGGCGAAGAAUCCCAAGACGCACGUGAAGGGCGACACACAUCCUUGCUGCUGCGAUCUCGGAGAGCCGCAAACGAAGAUGAGGACGCCCGCGUUCGUGCCCCUUCCCGGGCCGUCACUGAAGUCAACACUUUCCGUGGCACCUCGCGUGAUCUCAGCACGACUGCCGCGCAGCAGUCGUCACCGGAUGCUGGCACCGCAACCUCGGCUUUGUCUCGGCGGAGCCUGAUACCUUCUGUCCUUUCACCACGCACGGCUCCCAAUCAAGAAGGCCCUCCGACAAGCCUUGCUUCUGCUGCCUCCGCCGCAUCGCCUGUGACUCCGGCGCGGAAGUUGCUUGAGCGGCCGGCACCGUUGACCGAGCUGCCAUCCCGUCGUCUGUCCGAGAGACUCGCCGACCGGCUCAACGAGCGGCUCAACUCUGCCCUCGAGGAGCGCCGUCAACUGUCUCUUGGUCAAAGCGGCCUUGGGUCGAGCGCACUUCUCAAUCGCAGUGGCAGCUUGAGCCAUCGCACUACCACUGGGCUCUCUUCUCGACUGGCUGGAGAGGGCUCCAUUCCCACCAGCAUCUCGACGUCAUCGGUACAUCAGUCUCCUGCCACGGCAUAUCGCAGAUAA